AGUGAAUAAAUUUAUAUUUCUUUAUUGUUUUUAUAUUAUUAUUAUAAUUGUUUCUGUGUAGUUUCGUUUAAUUAAUAAAAUGGCGCGCCAUGAAAAUAUUGCAACUCAAAGUCAAGCUUCUAGCAUUUGGGGUCAAACCCAAAGCCAACCGAUUGAGAAUAUUAUCUGGGGACGUUUAUAUGGAAAAAAUAUUAAAAUGAAUUCAAUAGAUCUAAAUUGCGAUGAAUUUGCUGCAGGUCGAGGGGAAGGCUGCAAUUUAAUGCUUACCUUAGAUUUUUUGCCAGAAAAGAUAUUGUAUCGCAUAUCGAAGGUUCAUUUUACAUUAAAACGUGUCAAUUGUGAUAUUUCUUAUCCGGUUUACAUACAUGACAACUCUCGAAACGGAACCUUUGUAAAUGGCGAACGAAUUGGCAUGAAUAACGCACGGAUUUUAAAGAACGAUGAUGUUAUUUCUCUGUGCCAUCCAUCCAAUAAAACUUUUGUGUUUAAAGAUUUAUGUCCGAAUGAGGCAAUGGGACUGCCGAAUGAAAUAACAAAGUCUUAUUACGUGAGUCGUAAAUUAGGAUCCGGUGCCUGCGGCUUAGUGCGAUUAGUAUUCGAUAUACGCACGUGUGAUCAAUUUGCCAUGAAAAUGGUUAAGAAAAAUCUUCUCAGCGAAUGUAGUGCUAUUACGCGCUACAAGCCUUCAAGUUCUAAUGAAACUGAAAAGGUUCUCAAUGAGGCAAAUAUUAUGAAGAGUCUUUCUCAUCCCUGUGUCAUUAAAAUGCAUGACAUAAUUGACAGACCAGACGCAGUUUACAUGGUUUUGGAAUUUAUGAAAGGUGGUGAUUUACUGAACCGUAUUGUAACAAAUAAAUAUCUUACAGAACCUAUAUCCAAACUAUAUUUUUACCAAAUGUGCCAUGCUGUGAAGUACUUACACGAUAAAGGUAUAAGCCAUCGUGACUUAAAACCGGAUAAUGUGUUGUUGGAAUCUGCUAACGAAGAAACCUUAUUGAAAGUUUCCGAUUUCGGUUUGAGUAAAUUCGUACAAAAUGAUUCCGUAAUGAAAACAUUAUGCGGUACUCCACUAUAUGUGGCACCUGAAGUACUGCAAACUGGUGGACGAGGAGCCUAUACAAAAAAAGUAGAUAUUUGGAGCCUUGGUGUUGUACUUUUCACUUGCUUAAGCGGUACCCUUCCAUUCUCUGACGAUUUUGGCACACCCGCGACUGAACAAAUAAAACAAGGAAAAUUUCGUUUCAGCCAUCCGAUAUGGAGAAAGGUUUCACAACGCGCCACUACACUUAUAAAAGAAAUGCUGAUUGUAGAUCCGAAAAAGCGGCCAACAAUUGAUGAUGUUUUGAAAAGCAGCUGGUUAAAGGAUAAAGAAAUGUUGCGUAAGGCUAAAGACUUGAUGAACAUUGAAACAAUGGAAAUAGAAGAGGAAGAGGAAAACUUCUUGCAACCACCAAGAAAGCGAGCCAGAAGAUAAACUGAUUUAUGUUUAUUUUUUAAUAUGUAUAUACAAUUAUUAUAUAAUCUAAGUAUUAUAUUCAUUUACCAACUGUUUUCAGCGUAAUCUGUGUAUCAUAGAUUUUUUCUUUAAAUGUAUCAUUGAUUAAGAUGGAAAAUGUAAUCUUCAUUUUUUUCUAUCUACCAAUUCUUGACAUUUAUCAAGAUAACUGGUAGCUGUAUACGGCUACUGAUACUCGUAUUUUGUAAUAAUUGUAAUUGAAAUAAUUAUCUUGACUUGCAUGAGUACUUUGAGAUUACUUAUGAACGUUUAGUUAUAAAAAUUUUUUUAAGUUUUUGAUAAGUGUAUACUAAAAGGAAUAAUAAUAUAUUGAUGUAUUUUGAUUCCAUUUAAACCGAUUUAAGUAAUGGAAAGAAAUUAUAAUGAUUAUGUUGACUGUUCUCAUCGUCGUAUAGUUUGUAAUCGUAAAAAUUCUUAAGCAGAAAGGUUUAAAGAUGAAAUGUGUGCCAAAUUAUUUUAAUUUACCUGAAAUAGUUAAAUGUUAAACUAAAAUUUUUCAAUAAACCCAAA